UAAAGUAAACAUUGAUUGAAGUCGAGACAAAAUACGACUCAGUUCGCAGUGUGUGCUAAAGUGCUCAAGUGUGCGUGUGUUUGUGCGAGUGCACAAGAAUCGAUUGGCUUUUCCUAUAAACUACCGUUUGGAUACAAACUUAAGGAGUCGCCGCCACAGCAAUGCAACGCAAUCGAUGCCUGACGUUGGUCCUAGUGGCAUUGGGCCUGUGUGCCUGUGCACAUGCUGCCGCAACGGGUGCCCCCACAGCGACGGCCACCACGGAGAAGCCGAAAGGCUUCUCGGCACGCUCCCUGGAUGUGAGCGCCAGCGGCGAUGACGAUGACGAAUUCGAGACGCAGGCACAGACACAUCUGGCCUAUCGGCAGCAACAGCAGCAGCAGCGGCCCCUGUACGAGUACAGCGAGGAGGAUCAGGAGGAGGCGCCGCGUCAGGUGUACAUCAAUCGCAACAAUGGCAAGCAGCAGAGCAACUAUCUGAAGAAGCAGCCGCUGAGCCGCGAGGAGAGCGAGGAGGAGGAGGAGGAAGUCGAAGAGCCCGAUCGUCUCUCCACACUGCUCAGCAAAUCCUCCUUCAGCUGCACAGAUCGUAACUCUGGCUACUAUGCCGAUGAGUCGCUGAACUGUGAGGUCUUCCACUACUGCCAGGAGAGCCAGAAGCAUUCGUGGAUCUGCCCCGAGGGCUUCACCUUCCAUCAGAUCCACUUGAUUUGCAUGCCCCCAUCGCACGACAACAUCUGCAAGCAGUCCUCCAAGUACCAUAUUGUCAACGACUAUCUCUACAAGCCCAUCAAUCUGCAGGAGCAUCAGAGCAAGCCGAACGUCACGCUGCGCUACUCCGAGCGCUAUUUCCCCGAGAACUAUUACGAGCAUGAGCGCUACGACGACGAGGAGGAGGAGCUGCCCGCACCCCGUCCACGCAUUCAGCAUCAGCAGCAGCAGCAGCAGCAGCACCGUCAAGCGAUUGCCUACCAGUCGCAGCCACAGCCGCAGCCACAGCACGCGCCCCAAGUACGCGUUCAAUACCAACAGCCUCAGCAACAGCAACAGCAGCAGCAGCAGCAUCAUCAUCAGCAGCAGCAACAGCAGGUUGUUACACAGAUCAGACACCAGCCGCAGCCCACAACCAUUGCCUAUAGGAAGCCGUUGCCCACGACAACCAUACAGCCGCAGAUUCAGCCACAGCUGCAAUUGCAUCAACUGCAGCAACAGCAUCAUCAGAGGCCGCAGACACUGGCGCCCACAGUGACACCGGCGCCGUAUCGUUUCUUCACUGCCUCGCCGCUUCAGCAUCUGCAGCAGCAGCAGGUCUAUCGUACUCCAGAAGAGAUUAACAUAUCGCUGCAGCAGCGUCGGCCCCAGGUAUUCAUUGCUUCCACAACGCCCCGCUACUACGAGGAUGAGUACCUGUACGAGCGAAGGAAGUGAACGUGAGAACCGAAGCAGCUGCUGUUCCAGCUGACCAGCUGAGCAAAUGAGCAGCUCAAUGUAAACAGUCUUGUCGUUCCACGCCUUGUAUGAGUUACCCUCUAGGCUUAAGCUGCGCCCACUUAUCUUGUAUAUGCUAUAACAACUAUAUAGUCCCAAAAUUUAGCGCGAGUUUUAUGUACCUUAUUUGUAAUAUUUAAUGUCCUGCUAGAAGAAUCCGCCUUCUAACUCAUUUCGAUAAUAAAGUACGCAACGUUUUAAGUUAA